AUGGCAGUCAGGCAAAAUAGAUACCGAAGGGCAUCGAGACGGGACCCAGCGCCAGGCCUCUCGGACACACGCUCUCACCCGCCCACAAGCAAAGCCGAGAUCUCCAAUCCAACAACGACGCACACUACUAAAAUACCUGACCUAAAUCCCGGCUACCAGCACAGUACCAAGCGCCACUCCUCAACCAAUACUGCAACACAAGUGAAGGGGAAACUUAACACCACGAAGAGACGUCCAGGAGCUCAACCCAGAAAUAGAGACACCGUGCCCUGCGACCGCUAUGACAAGAAGAAUAGCAACAGCCUGCGGAUCCUACCAGCGCUGGGCAUAGGAUGA